GCGUCAAAAAUGCUAGACAUACAAAGACUUACACGCUUUUACAUGCUCCUUUCAUCUAACAACCAAUCACAAACCAUUCGCGCGCGUAGCAGCUUGGUUGCUAGUACGUGCUUACUAGCUCCCUCGUGAACCGUUGCAAGAAAAAGCAAGCAAACUAGCUAGCUAAUGGCGCCGACUCGCAGCUCGCGCCGCCUCUACGGCACACUGCUCGUGCUCGUGGCCGCCACUGCCUUUGUCAGCGCUUUCGCGGAGGGAGAGGAAGCGCUGGCUGCCCGGCACGAGCGGUGGAUGGCCAAGCACGGGCGCUUGUACACGGACGCUGCCGAGAAAUUGCGCCGGCAGGAGGUGUUCGCGGCCAACGUGCGGCAUGUUGAUGCUGUCAACAGGGCGGGCAACCGGACGUACAUGCUCGGGCUUAAUCAAUUCUCCGAUCUCAGCAAUGAAGAGUUCACGGAGAAGCACCUCGGGUACCGUCACCAGCGUGGCGGGCUCCGUACCGAGGACAACACGCCGGUGGCCACGGUGAACAUGUCCAAGGCUCAGUUCCGGUCCAUGCCGGAGCCGGACAGCAUGGACUGGAGGGCCCAGGGCGCCGUCACCCCUGUCAAGGACCAAGCUUCAUGCGGUUGUUGUUGGGCGUUCGCGGCGGUGGCGGCGACCGAGGGGCUCGUAAAGAUUGCCACUGGCAACCUCAUCUCCAUGUCAGAGCAGCAGGUGCUCGACUGCACCGGCGGCGCCAACACCUGCAACGGCGGCUCCGUCAAGGAGGCGCUAAACUACAUCGCCGAGAGCGGCGGCCUGCAGCUGGAGAAAAACUACGCGUAUCGCGGCCAGCAUGGCGCCUGCCGCAUCAUUCACGCAAUGGCAAAUUCGGCCGCCUACGUCAGCUACUUUCAGGCGGUGAGCCUGAACGGAGACGAGGUCACGUUGCAGGAGCUCGUCUCCAGACAGCCGGUGGCCGUGGAGUUGGAGUCUGACAUUGACUUCCAGCACUAUAUGAGCGGCAUCUACACCGGCAGCUCCUCGUGCGGACAGAACCUGAACUAUGCCGUGACGGUGGUGGGCUACGGGACCGACAGCGGCGGGCAGGAGUACUGGACGGUGAAGAACCAGUGGGGGACGACGUGGGGCGAGGGGGGCUACAUGCGACUCACGCGCGGGAACGGCGCCAACUGCGGCAUGGCCAACUACGCCUACUACCCAACCUACGUCACUUCUAACGGAGGAGAUAAAGGAAAUGGUACUAAAGCCAAGGAAAAUGGCAAUGGUUCAAAUGCAAACGUCAGCAACCCAAGCAGAAAUAGCAGUCACCCUGCAAUCCUGCCAAUUGUCCUCCCUGUGGUAACAACACUUGGUUUAAUCUCAGCUAUAUCAAUUUGCAUAUGGAGAAAGAGAUCCAGUCUAAAGAAAACACAAUCAUAUACAGCUUAUUCAGAAGAUAUUGAAGAUAUUAAAUCAGUGCUGUUGGACACAUCUAUAAUAAGAAUAGCAACAAGUAAUUUCUCUGAAGAAAAUAAAUUGGGGGAAGGAGGAUUUGGGCAUGUCUACAAGGGUAUGAUGCCAGAUGGACAGGAAAUAGCAGUAAAACGAUUAUCGGAAGGAUCAAAACAAGGCCUUCGUGAACUAAAAAAUGAGCUAUUAUUAGUCGCCAAGCUUCAGCACCGGAAUCUGGUGAAGUUAAUAGGCGCCUGCCUCAAUGGAGAGGACAAAUUACUUGUGUAUGAAUAUAUUCCAAAGAAAAGUCUUGAUGCCUUUAUUUUCGAUGACGAAAAGCGUGGAAAAUUAGCCUGGGAUACACGAUACAAGAUCAUUUGUGGUAUUGCUCGAGGCUUGGUGUAUCUACAUGAUGAGUCCCGUAUAAAAGUUAUACAUAGAGAUCUGAAGCCGAGCAAUAUAUUACUAGAAAUGGAUAUGAAUCCAAAGAUCUCUGACUUUGGUUUGGCAAGUAUUUUUGAGGGUGAUCAUACAAAGCAUAUCACAAGAAGAGUAGCUGGAACCUAUGGGUAUAUGGCGCCAGAAUAUGCGGUUCUUGGACAUGUUUCAACCAAAUCAGAUGUGUUCAGCUUUGGAAUGAUUAUUCUAGAAAUUGUGACUGGGAGGAGAAACAGUGUAUCCUCUGAAACAAUGAUGGCUCAGCAUCUUUUAACAUAUGUAUGGGAGAACUGGACCAAGGGGACAAAAGCUGAGAUAGUGGAUCCAUCAUUGCACUAUAACAACCGCUCUGAAAAUGAGGUUCUCAAGUGUGUACACAUUGGACUAUUAUGUGUUCAAGAGAAUCCAGGUGAUAGACCCGGCAUGUCCAGUGUGAUGCUGAUGCUUGUUGGAAAGUCUACUACCUUGCCUGCUCCUUCUAGGCCUGCUUUUCUAUUUAGGUUGAAUGAUGAAAACCAUGCCCAUGGUGGUCUAAAUAACCGACUAGAUGGCUUGAACGAAUCAAAUCCAACAUUCAAUAAUUUGACAAUCACAGAAUUAGAACCAAGAUAGCCCUGACCCCCAAGUAUGUAGCUAGGCAAGAGAAACAAGAAACACCAUUAUUUUUGUCAAUUCAGUAGGAUUGUCGAAUAAACAUUUGUAAAUCCUAUGACUAGCAAGACAUAUUUAGGGGAUGAUAGUUUGAGAAUCUAACUGGUCAAAUGACAAGAGUUAUGACUUAUGAGGUGCAGAUCCGAAAUUCUUCCAAAAGGGAAAAAAUUCAAACGCGGCAUUAUUGGCUCAUUCUCUGCGUUUUCCUUCAACUAAUGGUACAAAAUCUGAGAUUCUCAAUGUCC